CCAGCCCCCUCUGGGCCACGGUUUAAAUCCUGGCCUGGCUGAGUUCUGGACACUCAGACCCGGCUCCCGGCACCACCAUGGAGUCAGGAGGCAUCUUCCUCCCCCUGGGGCUGCUGGCCCUCUGGGCCGCGCUGCCGCCUGCACCAGGGCAGGAGAAAGGAGGUAAAGUGGGUGAAUGUCCAGCAGGGAGGAUUGAGUUUGUGCGUCCCUCCAGGAUCUACUGUCUCUCAGAGCAGAGCUGCCCAGGGAACGAGAAGUGCUGCAAUAUUGGGCACAUGAGAAUCUGCCUCCUCCCUGAAAAAGUGAACCCAGGCUACUGCCCGGAGCCCGACACCGGGGUGGCAGAGCCCUGCCUGGUGAGCUGCUGGAAUGACUCUGCGUGUGCCGGCGGGGCCAAGUGCUGUGCCGAGGGCUGCCGCGUUCGCUGCACGAGCGCCCAGCCAGCCAAGCCUGGCGUCUGCCCAAAGAGACGAGUGUCGCAGGAUUUCAUUCCUUGCACAAACCAGUGCCACGACGACAGGCACUGCCCCGAGAGCCAGAAAUGCUGCUUUGCCGGCUGCGGCCUGGCCUGCAUGAGCCCCUACACAGAGAAGGCGGGCGUGUGCCCUGCUGUGCAGCUGGAGCAGCCCGAGGGGCUGUGCCUGGACGCGUGUGUGGACGACGCUGACUGCCCGGGGGAUGAGAAGUGCUGUGCCACAGGCUGUGGCUAUAAAUGCCGAGUGCCCCUUCCAGUGCGGCCCGGCGAGUGCCCAGCCGUAGCCCAGAGGUUUCUCGUCUCGUGCCGGCGGACGUGUCGGAGCGACAGCGACUGCCCCGCCACGAGGAAGUGCUGCAGCAAUGGCUGUGGGCGGCUCUGCAUGGCGCCCGUGCUCGUGAAGCCCGGCCUGUGCCCUGCCCGAGCCCCCAAGGGCGGCGAGGAUCCAUGCUUUUUUCGAUGCCUGAAGGACGGUGACUGUCCAGGGAACGGGAAGUGCUGCUUGAUCAGCUGUGGCCUCGCCUGCCUCUCCCCGAUGCAGGUGAAGCCUGGCGCAUGCCCAGCAGUGCUCAGAGGCUCCCUGGGGCCCUGCAUGGAGGGAUGCGGCAGCGACAGCGACUGCAGCAAAGCAGAGAAGUGCUGCAGCACCGGCUGCGGCCAUGUCUGCAAAUCACCCAGAGAGGAUAUCUGCCAGCUCCCUGCCGAGAUGGGCAUCUGUGACGCCGACCUCCCUCGCUUCUUCUACAACACCAGUUCCGGGGCGUGUGACAGAUUCAUCUACGGGGGCUGCCGGGGGAACCCCAACAACUUUGAGGGGGAAGCGGAGUGUCUCCAGGCCUGCGGGGGCCCCGUGAGGCCUGGGGUCUGCCCAGCCCGGGCCGGAUUGGGCCAGGCUGAUGAGUGCGUCUCGCCAUGCUCCAAGGACAGCGACUGCUCCGCCAGCGAGAAGUGCUGCUUGCUGAGCUGUGGCCGGGCCUGUGCCCCACCCGUGCAGGUGAAGCCGGGCCGGUGCCGCAGGACACUGUUCGUGUGCAUGGGGGUCAUCACCGCCGAAUGCGACACCGACGCCGAGUGCCCCGGCACACACAAGUGCUGCCCAGUCGGCUGUGCCAGGAAGUGCGCCCCUGCUGAGACAGCACCCAGAGGCAGCGACAGCCUCCUCCCUGCCCACGACCAGGUGAGGCCGGGGACCUGUCCCCCCGAUCCAGUCCGAUGUGCCCACUCAGCACUGGCCCACUGCUCCAGUGACCCCGAGUGCCCAGGAGAGCAGAAGUGCUGCUAUAUCGCAUGCAGAUUCCGCUGCAUUGACCCAGCAGAAGAGAAGGCCGGCUAUUGCCCGGUCCUCGUGCCCGCAGGCCUGAACCUCAGUCAGAGCUGCCGCCCCUGCCUGGCGAACAGAUCCUGCUCCACCUGCUUUCGGGACGCGGAUUGCCCGGGCCUGGAGAAGUGCUGCCCAGGCCAGUGUGGAACCCGCUGCUGGGAGCCCGUCUCUGACUUCUGCCAGCUCAGCCCCGACACUGGGCCUUGCAAAGCCUGGGUCCCGCGGCUCUUCUACAACUCCAGCUCCCAGCACUGCGAGCUGUUUAUCUACGGCGGCUGCCAGGGGAACCCGAACAACUUUGCUGAGGAAGAGGCGUGUCUGCAGGCCUGCGGGCCCCCUGGUGAGAGCAGGGCCUGGGGAGGGGGGCUGACUCACUCCGUAGAGCCAUCCGCCCUCCCCACGCCUGCUCCCGCCAGUCCGCACAGUGCUGGGCACCCUCUGUUCUCUGUACUAGACAUUUGCAAACUCUCCCCUGAAGUGGGCCCCUGCGACGCCGCAUUGCCCCGGUUCUUCUACAACGCUGAGGCCGGGCAGUGUGACGGGUUCACGUACGGCGGCUGCCAGGGCAACAGGAACAACUUUGAGACGGAGGCCGCGUGUCUCCAGGCCUGCGCAGGCCACGGUGAGGUGUCAGCUCAGUCGCUGGGCCCCGAGCCCUCCCCUCGCACCACCGGCUUGGCCAAGCUGCGGGUUUGGUCAGUGGCUCAGCCACAUCCCUCGGAAAGUCCCUCCAGAACUUGGGGUUCUCUUCUGAGCCUGGGGACCCCCAGCACCUGCCUUCUGGACACGUCAGCCUCGGAGCCUCCCCGCCUGGCCACUAACAUGACGCUUCUCAGCUGUCACGUUAAAGGGCCCCACAUCGCUUUGCUCAGGCCUGGGUGCUCAGAGAUAGCCCCUGACAGCACCAUGAAGUCAGGUACCAUCUUCCUCCUCCUGGGGCUCCUCGCCCUGGGGAGCGGCUCAUGGAAGAAGGAGAAACGCGCCACAGCUAAGGACGGUGAGUGUCCGGCUGAAAUGAAGGGGCCCGCACGCCCCCCUCAGGCCUACUGUCUCUCCGACGAGUCCUGCCCAGGGAACGAGAAGUGCUGCAGCCAAGGCGACAGGAGAGUCUGCAUCCUCCCAGAUUCAGUGCACCCUGGGUAUUGCUCCAAGCCAGACCCAGGCCUGGUCACCAUCUGUCUUGUGAGCUGCUCCGACGACGCGCAGUGCUCCAUGGACGAGAAGUGCUGCAUUAUCGGCUGCCACAGAAAAUGCACCAAAGCUGAGCCAGCCUCCCCUGGCGUUUGUCCCAAGAGGAAAGUGCUGCAACCAUUUGCUCCUUGCAACAACAAGUGUGAUAAUGACAGGAGCUGCCCUGGGGAACAGAAAUGCUGCUUCACCGGCUGUGGCCUUGACUGUGUCGCCCCACAAGCAGGUGCCCUCAGCACCGCCCUGCCGCCUGCCCAGUCCGGAGAGGGCUGGGACUGGACCAAACAGCCUCCAGAGGGAGGCAGUGUUGCAGGGACGCCUGGGACGCCAAGGAAGCGUGGCACCUGCCCACCCAACCUCAUGAAGUGUCUCUACACGGAGCCCCCUCUGUGCCUCAACGACACCGACUGCCCAGGGCGGCAGAAGUGCUGCUACAAUAUGUGUCGGUUCCGCUGCAUGGACCCGGAGGAAGAGAAACCCGGCAUCUGCCCAGCUGAGGCCCCGGAGGGCGGCUUUGAUCCCUGCUUUUUCCGCUGCUCCGAGGACAGGGACUGCCUGGGAAGCGAGAAAUGCUGCCUCCUGAGCUGUGGUGCUGGCUGCCUGGAGCCAGUGCAGGGCAAAGUGUCCUGGCAGCCAGAUAUUUGCCAGCUGCCAGCCCAAGCGGGUCUCUGUGACGUCUACUCCUUCCGGUACUUCUACAACGCCACCGCCCAGAGGUGCGAGCAGUUCUUGUACCGCGGCUGCAGGGGCAACGCCAACAACUUUAAGACAAAAGCCGAGUGUCUCCAGGCCUGCGCACGCCACGAGAAGCCUGGCGAAUGCCCAGCCGUAGCACAGGGACAGGCUGGUGCCUGUGACGAGAAAUGCCACCAUGACGACGACUGCCCGGGUUCCCAAAAGUGCUGUGGGAACGGCUGCGGCUCCGAGUGCACCUCCGUGACCCCAGAAGAGAGACCUGGCAUCUGCCCGACGCUGCAGAGACCUGGCCUCUGUGUGGAGAAGUGCAGCAGGGAUGCGCAGUGCCCCAGGGGGCAGAAAUGCUGCGGCACCGGGUGCGGUCGCGUCUGCAUGGGAGUCAUCGCUGAAGUGAGGCCUGGAGUCUGCCCGGCGUUACCAGCAGGAGCCGUCGGUGCCUGUGAUGAGAGAUGCCGUUCCGACAGCGACUGCCCGGGCACCCAGAAAUGCUGCAGCAACGGCUGUGGCCUGGCCUGCACGGCGGUGAACCUUGUUGUGAAACCUGGCGUGUGCCCAGCCAGAGCCCCGGGGGCCAGCGAGGGACCCUGUCUAUCCCCCUGCGCCCAGGACAGCGAUUGCAGAGGAGACGCCAAGUGCUGCCCCCUCAGCUGUGGCCGCACCUGCCUCGCCCCUCAGAAAGAGAAACCGGGGCUUUGCCCAGCAUUUAAAAUCAGAGACGAGGGGCCGCCCCGGACGCUGUGCCAGCAGGACAGCGACUGCCACAAGAGAGACAAGUGCUGCAGGAUGGGCUCCAGCUACGUCUGUGCACCGCCCUCCCCCACGGCAGAGGAACCCGGCACUGGCCCAGCCGCCCCCGAGGGGCACAGUGGGCAGAGAUGCCGCAGUGACCGGGACUGCCCGGGAGCAGAGAUGUGCUGCAGACAUCAGUGCCAUGCAGAGUGCCCCGCGCAGGACGAAGGGACCCCCACACCCGGCCCAGCUGCCCCCGAGGGGCACGGUGGGCAGAGGUGCUCCAGUGACCAGGACUGCCCGGGAGCAGAGCGGUGCUGCAGCCAUGGGUGCCGCCAGGCAUGCCCAGCACAGGGCAGCGGGAAGCCUGGAUUCUGCCCCGUGCGCAACGGGCUCUACUUCAGCUAUGACUGCGAAGCCAGAUGCCGAGGGGAUGGCGAGUGCCCCAGGGACCAGAAGUGCUGCCUGCGCGGCUGCGACCACGAGUGCUUGGCCCCUUCUGAAGAGAAGCCCGGCAUCUGCCCCCUGACAGACGGGAUAACGUCCAGUUCCCCCUGGUGCAAGUCCUCGUGUGCAGAGGACAAGGAGUGUGCGGGGGACCAGAAGUGCUGUGACAGUGAGUGUGGCCGGACAUGCCAGGCCCCAGAGAGAGAGAAACCCGGCACAUGCCCAAAGCAGAAGCCCUGGCAAACACUGGUGCCGUGCAACGAGCAGGACGCCUGCGCUCAUGACCGGGAUUGCCCCAGGCAGGAGAAGUGCUGCUUCGCCGGCUGCGCCAUGCGCUGCGGCCCCCACUACAAAGAGCAUCCCGGUGCCUGUCCCAGGGCAAAGGCCUGCAGCGACCCGGGGCAGCGCCGUUCAAACCAGUGCCUGGACGACCACGUGUGCGAGAGACACGAGAAGUGCUGCGACACAGGGUGCCGCUGGGAGUGCGUGGCAGUGCGCACAGAGAGCGAGGACAAGUCGGGGGAUGGCCCCACGGGCGCCUGCGUGGACGAGUGCAGGGCUGACGAGGAGUGUCCCAGAGGACAAAGAUGCAGAAGCAAUGGCUGUGGCCGUGUCUGCCAGGAAGUCUCCCGAGGCGUCUGCCCGAGUCCCCUGGGCUUUGGGCCGUGCGUGGAUUUGUGCUUUGCUGAUGUGGAGUGUCCCAGAGGACAGAAGUGCUGCAGCAAUGGGUGUGGCCACGUCUGCAUGCGGGCAAUCACCGGAGGGAGACCCGGCCUUUGUCCAGAGCCCCAAGGGAAAGGCGUUUGUGUGGAGCGAUGCAGGGAGGAUGAGGAGUGUCCCAGGGGGCAGAAGUGCUGCAGUAAUGGGUGUGGUCACGUCUGCACGUCCCCGAUCUCUGCAGAGAAGCCUGGGACCUGCCCACCAGACCCAGCCAAGUGUCGACACGCAGCCCCCCCGGAGUGUGAUGGUGACCAUACGUGCCCUGGGAGGAAGAAGUGCUGCUUCAGGACAUGUGCCAUGCUCUGCACAGACCCAGAGGAAGAUGCUGCAUAACGAGCUGAAAGGAAGCCGCACCUUUAUCACGGGACAGCCCAUCGUUAGAACCCUUUCACUGGCCCUGCCCUCCUGCCUGCUGUGCCAAUGUAACCUCCAGACCACUACAGACUCCCCAGCAAUAAACUCAAGUGCCAGCGCCAGGCCCGAGUCCUGUGUUCCCUGCU